UGUUAUUUAUUAUAAAUUUCUUUUCCUUCCACAACUAUAAUAAAAUAUAACUAAUAACAAAUAAAGACGUGACGAUAAUAUUUUAUGAUAAUUUCAGUUGCUUGCAAUCUGAGCUUUGAAUCGUUUAACAUUAUUUGUGGUAUAUAAUUCUCUAAAAAUAUUUAACAUGACUGCUACACCAGGAUUUGAUGAAGGAUGGAGAUUUAAUAAAAUCCUUGGUACAGGAGGAUUUGGUGUUGUUGAACUAUGGAACCACAGAAGCGAUGCUAAGCUUGCGAUCAAAAAGUGUAAAUGGAGUAUUACACAGUUGACGGAAACACAACGAAAGAGAUGGAUAAAGGAAGUUCAGAUAAUGAAAUGUUUGGAACAUAAGAAUAUCGUAAAAGCGUUAGAAUUACCAUUUAAAUACCCGGAUGAAACUAUAGAAUUGCCGAUAUUGUGCAUGGAAUAUUGUAGAAGAGGUAAUCUUAGAAAGGUUUUGAAUAUAAGAGAAAAUUGCUGUGGCGUUACUGAAAAAGAAGCGAUUAACGUAAUGAAGGAUAUCUCUUCGGCCGUAGAAUAUUUACAUUCUAAAAGUAUUACACACCGUGACUUAAAACCUGAAAAUAUAGUUUUGCAAGAAGAACAUGAUAACAUUACGUACAAGUUAAUAGAUCUUGGAUAUGCGAAAGAGCUCGGCGAAGCUAGUAUAUCUGCAUCCAUAGUAGGCACAUUAAAUUACGUAGCUCCGGAAUUACUUUGGAAGCAGAAAUAUAGUUGUUCUGUGGAUUAUUGGAGUUUGGGUAUUCUAUUUUAUGAACUUGUUACCGGUACAAGACCAUUUUUACCAAAGGUGCAGCAUACUAUGACAUGGAUGCAGCAUAUUAAAAAUAAAGGAUACAACGACAUUUGUGUUUUUGAAUCGGAAGGGAAGAUAAUAUUCCACGAAAAUAUUCCUGGUCCUACGAAUCUAUCAAGAUGUCUGAGAAAAAGACUGGUAGAAUGGUUUAGAGUGGCGUUACAGUGGGAUCCAAAGAAAAGGGGAAGGAAAUGCAAUGAGAACGGUGAAAUGGAACUAGUGGUAUUCAAAUUGCUUAACUCCAUUUUAUCUGUACAGAUAAUAAAAGUAUUUUCUCCGUCGAGAUAUGAAAUUAAUGAAUACGAAAUAGAUAGUAAUACCAGUGUCAUAGAUAUACAGUCUAUGAUUGAGAAAGAUACUGAGAUACCAAUAAAUGAACAAAUUUUAACAGAUUACUUCGGUAAAUGUCUUAUUGCGGGCGAAAUAUCACUCUUAUCACAAAUUCAGGUACAACGUAACACUGAAAAUGAUCCAGUUCUAUUUGUUUUCAAAACUGAAAAUACCUUCAUGGAGAAUACACCCGCAUUGGAUAUUCCUAAAUCGGUUCUAAAAAUGAUAGAAUUGUCUAAAAGUCAAUUAGAUUUUGAUGUAUUAGAAGAUUAUUAUCGCGCGGCAAUAUUUUUGAUUACACAAGAAAGAUAUCUGUUCCAGCUAUAUAUUUUUGCUUUGACUAUAAAAAUAGAUUUGAUAAUUGUAAGAUUUAAUACAUUCAACGAAAACGUAACGAAUGCAUUAACAAGUAUAAAUGAUCUUUCGAGCGAAUCACUUCUAAUUCAGCAAAAAUGGGAAAAUGAAUUCUCAAAUACAGAGAAGAUGGAAGCUUUGAAAAUUAAGUUUGAAAAAGUUACUAAACUUGCCAAAGCUGCUGAUCAGAUAAAAUUAAAAUUCGACUCAUUGAUGCAAGAAUGUAACGAAUUGAAAAAUAAAGCUGAGAUGGUUGAUUGUUCCGAUAUAUCGCUAUUGCGCUAUAAAGCGGUAAAAAUCUUUGAACUACAUAAAAAUGAGAAUUCUCAUAAAGGUGUAAAACCAACAGAAAUGGUAAAAUUGAUUUUUGAAUUUUUCAAAGUUCGACAAGUACAAUUUGAUAACGAAAAUAUUUCCGAAAUUAUGAAGCACAUAGCAAAAUUAGAAAUUGAACUCUUAACGUUGGAAAGAAUUUUCGAUUCGGUUAUAGCUAUGCUGACGGUAUAUCGCGAGGACCUUCAAAAUAUAACACAAUGUACUUUCAAUCGUACACCUCGCAUUUCUAACAACGAACUACCUCUGAACACAUCUGUUGUCACGCGUAAUGAAAUUGCAACCAAUUCAAGAAAUAAUGAUACGAAAAUGUCGAAUGAAUUUACUGGUAAUCAGUCUUCAAAUACGUCCAUUAAGCGCAGUGAAAUUAUAGACGAAGACAGUAAUUUGAUAUAUGAUAAUAUAGUGUUACGUUACACAUUAGAUAACUUGUUGAUAGAAAUGCAAAAGAAAUACAUGGAAAUGGUUACUCUGGAGCCGUAAUAAUAUCGCUGGUGAAUGUGAUUGAUGGGACUAGUCUCCUGACCGAUCAUAGACUUAAUCCGAUUGCAUGUAUAAGUGUUUUGUUAUUAAAAAAAAGAAUUAAUAUAUACGUAUGUCUAGAAUAUUAUUUUUCUCAAAAUAAUCUGUAAUCUUUGUUGUAUCUUCGAUUUAAUUUUGUUCAUUGAUGCAACGUCGUAUCAAAUAAUCUAUCAAUUGAGCUUACCUCCUUUAGAAAUAGCAUUAAAUACAAUAUAUA